AUGGACAAGCGGGUGAACAUCCGUAACAUGUCCGUGAUUGCCCACGUCGACCACGGAAAGUCCACGCUCACAGACUCCCUCGUCUCGAAAGCUGGUAUUAUCGCUUCCGCCAAGGCCGGUGACGCUCGUUACACCGACACAAGGCAGGAUGAACAGGACCGUGGUAUCACUAUCAAGUCUACCGCCAUCUCCAUGUACUUCGAAAUGCCCGCUGAGGACCUUUCUGACGUCAAGCAGACCACCGAUGGACCCGGUUUCUUGAUCAACUUGAUCGACUCGCCCGGACACGUUGACUUCUCUUCCGAGGUCACCGCCGCCCUCCGUGUCACUGACGGUGCUCUUGUCGUCGUCGACACCAUCGAGGGUGUGUGUGUGCAAACCGAGACCGUCCUUCGUCAGGCGCUCGGUGAGCGUAUCAAGCCCGUCGUUGUCAUCAACAAGGUCGACCGUGCGCUUCUUGAGCUCCAGCUCACCAAGGAGGAUCUUUACCAGACCUUCUCCCGUACCAUCGAGUCCGUCAACGUAGUUAUCGCGACGUACAUUGACAAGUCCCUCGGUGACGUCCAGGUGUACCCCGAGAAGGGUACCGUCGCUUUCGGUUCCGGUCUUCACGGUUGGGCCUUCACCCUCCGUCAGUUCGCUCAGCGUUACGCCAAGAAGUUCGGUGUUGACAAGGAGAAGAUGAUGACCCGUCUCUGGGGAGAGAACUACUUCAACCCCAAGACCAAGAAGUGGUCUACUAAGGGUACCGAUGCUGAGGGCAAGUCGAUCGAGCGUGCCUUCAACUUGUUCGUUUUGGACCCCAUCUUCCGUGUGUUUGACGCCAUCAUGAACUUCAAGAAGGACGAGACCGCAAAGAUGCUCGAGAAGCUCGAGAUCGUUUUGAAGCCCGACGAGAAGGAGCUCGAGGGCAAGGCUCUCCUCAAGACCGUCAUGAAGAAGUUCUUGCCCGCCGGUGACGCUCUACUUGAAAUGAUCGUUAUCCACCUUCCCUCUCCCUUCACCGCCCAAAAGUACCGUUACGACACCCUUUACGAGGGUCCCCUGGACGACGAGUGCGCUGUCGCUAUUCGUGACUGUGACCCCGCUGGUCCCCUCAUGUUGUACGUUUCCAAGAUGGUGCCCACGUCCGACAAGGGUCGUUUCUACGCUUUCGGUCGUGUCUUCUCCGGAACCGUCCGUGCCGGUCUCAAGGUCCGCAUCCAGGGUCCCAACUUCGUUCCUGGCAAGAAGGAGGACUUGUUCGUCAAGUCCGUUCAGCGUGUCGUGCUCAUGAUGGGUCGUUACGUCGAGUCCAUCGACGACUGCCCCGCCGGUAACAUCAUCGGUCUUGUCGGUAUCGACCAGUUCUUGCUCAAGUCUGGAACCAUCACCACCUCCGAGACCGCCCACAACUUGAAGGUCAUGAAGUUCUCCGUCUCCCCCGUCGUCACGGUCGCCGUCGAGUGCAAGAACGCCGCCGAUCUGCCCAAGCUCGUCGAAGGUCUCAAGCGUCUCUCCAAGUCCGACCCCUGUGUGUUGACCUACACCUCCGAGUCCGGUGAGCACAUCGUCGCUGGUGCCGGUGAGUUGCACUUGGAAAUUUGCCUGAAGGAUCUUGAGGAGGACCACGCCGGUGUGCCCCUCAAGACUGGAGACCCCGUUGUCCAGCUUCGUGAGACCGUCCAAGCCGAGUCCAGCAUCGUCGCCCUCUCCAAGUCCCCCAACAAGCACAACCGUAUCUUCAUGAAGGCUCAGCCCAUGGUUGAGGAGCUUGCCAAGGACAUCGAGAGCGGCCGUGUUUCCCCCAAGGACGAUUUCAAAGCCCGUGCGCGUAUCCUUGCCGAGGACUACGAGUGGGAUGUCACUGAUGCCCGUAAGAUCUGGUGUUUCGGUCCCGACGUCUCUGGCGCCAACUUGCUUGUCGACACUACCAAGGGUGUGCAGUACUUGAACGAAAUCAAGGACUCCUGCAUCGCCGCUUUCCAAUGGGCGACCAAGGAAGGAUGUCUUGCCGAGGAGCACAUGCGUGCCAUUCGCUUCAACAUCCUCGAUGUUGUCCUCCACGCUGACGCCAUUCACCGUGGUGGAGGUCAGCUGAUCCCCACUUGCCGUCGUGUCUGCUACGCCGCCAUGCUUACCGCCGACCCCGCCGUCAUGGAGCCCGUCUUCCUCUGCGAGAUCCAAUGUCCCGAGGCCGCCAUGGGCGGUAUCUACGGUGUCCUUAACAGGCGUCGUGGUCACGUCUUUGCGGAAGAGCAGCGUCCCGGCACGCCUCUGUACAACAUCAAGGCGUACCUCCCCAUCAUGGAAUCCUUCGGCUUCACCGCCGAUCUGCGUGCCGGAACCGGAGGCCAAGCUUUCCCCCAGUGUGUGUUCGACCACUGGCAAGUCAUGGGCGGAUCCCCGCUCGAGCCUGGAAAGACGCAAGAUCUCGUCAUGGGUAUCAGGAAACGUAAAGGUCUCACCCCCGAGAUCCCGCCGCUUGACCGUUACUACGACAAGUUGUAG